AUGGAACCUGAUACGAAAAAGAAGAAACCUAAUAGUAAUAGGAAAAAUGCUCAAGCCACGAGAACGCUAAGGGCCUGUGAAUUGUGUAGGAAGCAAAAAACCAGAUGUUUCAAAGUCAAUGACGAUUCGCCUUCCUGUCUUCGAUGUACUUUCCUAAACAAACCAUGUUCUUUUGGGACCGGGAAUUCAGCGGGAUCAUCCAGUCUUAAUUUGAAUAGCAAUGAAAAAUUAGACAUGAUAUAUAAGGGAGUCAAUGAUAUCUUGACGUUGUUGAAAGCUGAUCCUUCAAUUUUGGCUUCUAUUGAGAGAGGUUCUGAUGUUGGAAAUAAUCCACCCCUCUCCACAGUCGGCUUGGGUGCUAAUAAUCCUAUGUUGGGAUUGAACACAUUCAAUGGUGUUAAUAAGAUCACCAACAACGAUGCCAGAUUGCUUCUUGAAGCAGCCAAUUCCAUGAAAAACUCUCCUAUAAAUGAAGACAAACUUCUUAAUCCUGUUGAUAUUGAGAAUCAAACCAAUUUCAAGUCUCCCAACAAUUCCUUGUCAGUAGCUCCUUUCCAGAUCAUUCACAACAAGAUCCCAGGAAAUUUCCUACCCAAAUCAAUUGAAAAUUUACUCCAAUUAUCAAGUGUCGAUAAUGAACAACAAUCACCAGUUUCUCCUAAUAUCAUCAGUUUGAACAUCUUGAAUAUUAAUGAUGCUAUAAAUUUCAUGAAUGACUUCAGAAGAAACUACGGUAGAUGGGUUUCAUUCCCUUCAAAUUUACCUACUGAAAUCCUCGUUGAAAGACUUUUGAAGAAAUCACCCCUCUUGUUGACAACAUGUUGCACUAUGUCCUUGAGAUAUCUGUUCAAUAAUUUGAAUCCUGGUGAUAUCAAUAACAUAACUAGAAAACGAACAACUUUCAAUUUGUUGUGCAAACAAUUAAUCAAUGAAUUGAAUUUCAAUUUGAUAAAGAUCAACUCAUUCAAGAACAUUAGUGGGAAUAUUGAAUUUUUACAGAGUAUGGUGAUUUUAUCUAUUUAUUCGUUAUCAUUAACCUCAAUCAUAUUUUCGAAUGAUAAUGAACUUAAACUAUCAUCGAAUAAUCUCAAAGAUCUCAAUAUCAAUUUGAAUCAAAUCAACUUUGAUCCUUGGUAUUUAUCAGGAACUGCUUUAACAAUAUUUAUUUCAAAAAUAUCUUUGGGGAACUUAUUGCCCAAAAAUAACACAUUGACUUCACCAACAAACUUCAACAAUUCACCCUUUACCAUUCUUUAUGAUGAAGAGUUAGAUUCAAAUGAAUAUCAAACUUUGACCAUCAUGAGAAUCUACAACCAUUUGAUCCUUGUUCAUCUUAUGAGUUGUAUAUUUAGUGGGAGAAUGUGUUUGGUGGAUGAAAUUAGAUUAAAUUACUGUAAUAUUACCUUAGGACUCCCAUCUUCUACCAAUUUUGAUGGUAGAAUGGUGAGCGAAAUUUCAAUUCUUCUAGUGACUUAUAAUUAUAUUCAAACUAACCUCAACUUUAAAAAUAACCUCAAAGGUUUAAAUGACAAUUUCAACAAUACUUUGCAAGAAAUCAAAUCAUGGUACGAACAAUGGGAAUAUUUGUUCCAGCAACCUGCUUUGCAGUUUGUGGAAUUAUGUUAUAACUUCUGUUAUCUCAUUAUUUACUACAGUUACAAUUUCCAAAAGUAUUUGGUGAUGAAUAAUUUUGAAGAUUUACACGAUCAUAAUUUAUUCAACAAAGACAAUAUCAAAUUCAUCUUAUCCCAAUGUGAUGAAGUCAGUUUGAAAAAACUAUUUGAGUUUUCAAACAUCUUGAUUAACUUCAUAACUUUGAUCAAUAAUGAUUCGUAUUUCGCUUAUUUGUCUGAUCAAUUGUUAUUCUGUUUUUACUUCGGAGGUAUUUUCCUCUUGAAUUAUUUGAAAUUUAUUGACGAAAGUGACAACUUCCAACUUUUGGGCUUAACCAACGCCAAUGAUUUAAAUUCUUUGAACAACAUUAAAUUGUUGAUAGACAAAUUUGAUAGAAUCUCAGGUGAUUCGAAUGAUGAUAUUCUUGUCAAAUAUAAAUUGGGUUUGAAACACGAACUUUUGAACACAUUUCCGAGCUUUGCUUAA